ACCAGAAACCAGAUAGACGGAUGGAUGAGAUCAACAAUGAUACUACGCCUGGAUUAUAGCAGUUUUCCAGGAUCAGCAGAAAAGAAGUGAAGCCAGUAGAGGACAAACUUGUGGGAACUAACUAGCUGCUAUGGACUGACUGGAGGAUUAAAGGAACAGAGGAGAAAAAGAGGGCAGAGCAGAUAAACUAAACACAAUUUGACGCGAUCAAUUUGAACAAGUGAACAGACUUUGUGUAACGUCUGUAUGCUGCCAGUCCUCGGAGCCGCCCGACCCGAGCUGCUGGUGCACACCAACAGAGUAAUUUUCUCAGCGUCAGCCAGUUGACCAGUGAAGUCAGCUCUGUAGGGAAGAUUGGCGAUGAUCCUCUUUCAGCUUUGCCAGAAGCAUCAGGGCUGUCGCCAUUAGAUCUCAUUGUGUUUGCAGUGGCACAGUGAGUGAGAGAGCAAGCAGUGUGUAGUAAUCUAAGGAUGACACGCACACUUUAUUCCGUAAGCUAGUGCUCAGUGAGGUGUGUGGUGCAGCUCGUCACGCGUCGUCUCUGAACUACAAACGCACACACACACACACACACACACACCAUCACACUUAUUAAACACACUUACUUACACAUACAAGCACAGUAGAGCCACACAGUCCUAGAUAUCUAGGAGGCGUUUGGUCCUGACAGUCAUUGGAAUCUUGUCCAGACCUUAAACACAGCAGGCUCUCAGAUCAGUGUCCAUCUGGAAUGCACCCAGGCACUGACUGCACCCAGUGGAGCAUAUUGGAAAGGAAGAACUAGGCAGGUCGAUGCUACACGAUUAUACUGUCUAAUAGGCUGUGAUUACACUGAGUAGUCUAAAAUUACUAUGUAAAAUCACCAUCCAUUUACGCGACAGCGUAUACAUGAUAGCGUACCAAAAGAGUUCUAGCAUUCAAGAAAAUAAUGGUAAGAUACCUUGUGAGAAUGAUGUGAACCAAAAAGUGUACAGUAAUAUGUGAAACUAAAGCGUCUUAGUGCGGCUUGUGCAGCCACUUUUAAGUUGGUUAUUCUACACAAAGCAAGCACUUCUACUCUCCGUCUUUAUAGUGCAGCACUGAAGCUCAGUGAAGUUUGUUUAACCUCAGCUAUUUCCAGAUGAGUUGCAUUAAGACAAUAUCUCAGUCUCUCCAGAGACCUGGCCAGUUCAUUUAUAACUCAAAGGAACAUUGACUUCUGCCCACUGAUUUGUGGGUGAGAAGUGCUGAAAGCCUUGACUCAUUAAAGUACGAUCUGUUCAAGAAUGAACACGGUUGCCCUAGAUUGCUCUGUCCUUGAGGGCACAGCAAUGUAGGUAGCUCUAUUUAAAAAGUUAGCAUUCAGUCAACAUCAGUAGAAUUAAACUUGACUUGCUUUGUAAGACAGUUCCCCAGCCUGUAUCUGACUGAAAUAUAGUAAUAUUGAUGUUUUCUGGUCCUUGGAGCAGUGUGGUUUGACCUACAGAAGACAAGCAGUUUGUUGUUGUGGUUAAUUGUGUGGCUGAUUGUUAGGGCGCCUGCUAUUCAGAACAAGCUUUGCAAGUUUGACACUGCAGUGUACAGCUGGUGAUCAGCUAAUUAAGUUGUCCCUCGUUUGGUUAAUUGCCUAGCUGCCACUGCUGAAUACCAUUGCUGGUACAGAGAAUAGUUUUGCAUAUCUGCUUUGGUCACUCUUGGUAGUGGUUUGUCUACUUAUUGAUCUGAUGGUCUUGAACGUUGGUUUCAGGAGGCUCCGAGCACUGUAGAAAAAAAGCCAGCCUAGCAGUGUUUGCUUUAUUGGCAUUUUGGUUAGAUGGGCCUGAGCUUGUGUAUUGCUGUUGUAGCAGCAACACUUCUGCACCGUAUGGAUUUAAGGCGAUGCAUGUCAUGAGUUCUUUCUAAGCAGCAUAAGGUGCUAAAGUCAACAGUGGAAGUUUUUAUUGGCCUAAGCUCAUUUCUAUGAUAUACAGUUGCAGACCAAAGUUCUUUGUAUUGUGUGCAGGCCCUGGCUACAUCUCAGUCCCUGAAGACAUUGCAGCUAAAGCAGUUGCAUCUGUUGUGGUGCCGUGUAGCUCAGAAGAGUCCUUUCUUUAGAUGGUUUCCUCAUACAACAACUUGUGUCUGACUACACUAAAGUAAAGCUGGGCAGUUAGUGUGUGCACGUGUCUGCAGCAUUGCAGAGAACAAACCAGAGUGUGUGUGUGUGUGUGUGUGGACAAGUUUGCCUGUAACACUGCAGACAGGGUCACAGAGGAGCCAUUGAUCAAACGUGCACAUCCAUACACAUGUUCACACAUACGCAGACUGUUUCUCAAUACACAAUGAGGCCUGUCCAGAGCUCUCUCCUCUGCCGCUGCCACCUCCUCCGUGCCCCCUUCUCCUUGGCCCUGCGCAGCCUGGUCCUGGUCCUGCUUUGCAUCACUCCCCGUUGUCAGGCGGUGCAGGCAGAGAAUGUGACUGUCUUGGAGGGAGGUACAGCCCAGAUCUCCUGCAGACUGCAGAACUACGAUGGAUCAAUCGUGGUUAUCCAAAAUCCUCGCCGGCAGACCCUCUUCUUCAACGGCACGCGAGCCCUGAAAGAUGACCGUUUCCAGAUGGUGCUCUUCACGCCACGGCUUGUGCGCAUCACGUUGACCAAUGUCAGCGUGUCGGAUGAGGGUGGCUACUUCUGCCAGCUCUACACGGAUGCCACGCACCACCAGGUGGCAACACUCUCUGUUGUGGUGCUCCCCGAAACGCCCAUGGUGGAAGUGAAACAGGACGCCGUGGAGGGCGGUGAAGUGGAGCUUACCUGUGUGUCAGCACGUAGCAAACCGGCUGCCACCCUGCGCUGGUUCCGUAAUGGCCGGGAGAUACAAGGUGAGGUAUCCCAGGAGGACAACGGGAAGACAUUCAGCGUAUCCAGAACCAUCCGGAUCCCGGUAGAAAGGAAAGACAACGGGGCAGCGUUGAGCUGUGAAGCAUCCCACCCAUCACUGGGUGGGCAGAAGAGGGUUCGACACUACCGCCUGGAUGUGAAUUUCGCACCUACAGUGAGAAUUGUUCCUCCUCCUGGCAUUUUGCGAGAGGGUGAUUCACUCAGCCUCACCUGCUCCAUCACUGGGAACCCUCUGCCCAGGAACAUUCAGUGGUCUAAGAUUAAUGACAGCUUACCUGAGAGGGCAGAGAUUUCUGGCCCAACCCUCCAGAUUUCCCGUCUCAGCCAGUCACACAACGGGACAUACCUGUGCCAGGCCCAGAACAACUAUGGACGCGCUGCCGAUCAUUACACCCUAUUAGUGUAUGAUAAUGUGUCAGUCACUACCACAGUCCUUCCCAUUCCUACUACCACCCGAACAGUCACCUCCCACCCCACCACCCCAACCCUCCUAGCAUCCCGCUUCAUCCAGGAACCAAGAGAUCCCGGUGCAGUUGUAGAGACUCACAGUGCAGUACCAUAUGCAGUGAUAGGUGGUGUUCUGGCACUGCUGGUCUUCACCGUCAUCUGUGUCCUCAUUGUCACCAUCUGGUGCUCUGUCCGACAGAAAGGUUCCUAUCUUACCCAUGAGGCCAGUGGGUUGGAUGAACAUGGCGAGGUGCAAGAGGCCUUUCUUAAUGGGAACGACGCAAGCCAGGGCAAGAAGGAGUACCUACUGUAGCCCUUCUCCUUCCCUAUCCCCUCCUCUUCUGACCUCAUCCUUCUAUCCCUUCCUCUCCCUAUUUCCCUCCUUAUAUACAGUACACACACACACACACACACACACACACACACACACACACACACCACGCCAUUAACAGGCGGCCUUCUGAAAAUGACUGUAUACACAUACUGCACAUAACCAAUCAUCCCGAUCCAUUCCACCCCAUAUAAACCCAGACUGAGAUAAAGAGAGCCUAUUGACCCACCAGCCAAUAACAACUGUGCCAUAUAUUGUAAGUCAGAGAAACUGGGGAAAAUGGAAAAAGUGGGAUGGGGGCGGGGGUGUGAGGUGAAAGUAGACAAUAACAAAAUGAUGCCAUAGUUAUUUUGAUCGAGAGGGAAGCAGGGAGUACAAAAGAAACGGGCACUCUGCCCAUGCAGCCACCAUAGUGGAAGGGGAAUUAGAGGCAGGUGAUGGCUAUAAUUCUAUACCUGGAGAAAACCAUCCUUUUCACAAAGCUCAAUCUGUAACUGGCAGAGACAGUGGGAGCAGUGUGUAAGGAGGGAGGGGGAACUGAUAGAGGGAGGAAAGUCAACCAUGAGCUAUUGAGCACUCCGCACUAGAAAUGUUAAAGUUUUUUUUAAAGUAUUCCGCACACAGAGUACAACUCAUAUAUAAUUCCCUAACAACACUGAAGUGUGUAAGUCCAGAAUCCCUCGAAGUAUCCAUACUUUAUUAAGAAGAUAAAUGUCCUGUUUUGCUACCCCUCUUGAGCGGUCUGCCAAUAAUUUGUUUAGAAAAAAACACUAAAGGCAGUUUUUUUUCCUCUUGCUGCAACAGCGAGAGAAAGGUGGUUCUCUUUUAUUUUACUUUGCUCUCCAUCUCCUCCUCUCCAUUCACCUGUUAUCAUCCUCUCCCCACCCCCUUGCAUCUCUCCUUCUCUCCCCUUGUCUGUCCCCCUCUCUCACUCCUCCUUUGUUGGCUCCUAAUAAUGAAAGGAUUAGUGUUGGGCUUCGUUCCCGACAAGAAGAAAGGAAUAUGACUUGCUAAGGCAUUAAAGAAAAGCUUAAUUAUAUUAGAAUGUCAUUAAGAGGAUAAAAAGGUUUAAAAGUCUUAAUAAGAAGGGCAAGGGGAGUGAUAACAAAAGGAAUGACUGAACAUAAAAUGGAUGGAUAUUUUCUUCUGAAUGCUACACAUAUGCAGAUACAUGUACACAUUCAUCCGUACAGUAAACAUGUUGACAGAACAAGUAUACAUAUCUCUGAAUUCCUUAUUUGUAUAAAAAAAGAACAGCAACAUAAAUGAAACUUUUAAGAAACAAGAACACAGUUUACUAUUGAAACGCAUUAUGAAGCAACUAUACUAACACAGAAUAUUAGCCUAUAGAGGUGCAAAGUCGAACAAACUACUGUCCAGUGGUCUUUAAAGAAAAUAAAGAAAAGAAUAAAAAAAAUGAAUUUGUCUUUAUGAGAAACCAGAGGUCUUAUUGAUUUUUUAAUUAAUUAUUAUUAUUAUUAUUUGAACAAUUACAAUUGUUGUUACUGUUAUUAUUAUUAUUGCUGUUGUUAUUAUAAUUGUAAAUGUUAAAGAAAUGUACACUUCCCAUGGUUUGUUUUUUGUUCUACUGUAGAGAAAUUGCUGUCUUUUUUCACUCUUACCUUUCCUCUCUUUCCAAGUCUUUCUCUCUCUUCGUCUCCUGUGCCUAGUCCUCUCUUCUCCUGUCUUUCACUCUUGUUUAUUUUAGAGUCCAUGUGUCAUUGUUGAUAUAUAGCUAACUAUUUCUUUAUAGGGGAAAGAUACAAAGCACGACAAAAUAAAAAAGAAUCCAAAAAUA